AUGACGGAUCUCUCGGUUAUAGGCGCCUAUUACUCACAAUUGAAGAAUAUGGAUGUUGAUAGGAUCGUGCACCAUUCGUCAUUGUUACUUUCGUCAAACUCACGACUCCACGACUAUGCGAGUGUUCGACCUGACGGCGAGAAGCGCCUUUCUUCGAGUUCCUCGGUGAAACUCUGGAGGUUGAAGGUACCGAAGGCCCAUCGCCACGUACCACUGUCACCCUUUCUAGAAUUUGUCAAACAAUACUUGACACAGAUUCUUUAUCUCUCGGAAGAAAGUCAGCUUCGUCAACGAUGCGCGGGAAGCUUGAUUACACCGACGACAUAUCAGUUGACUGAUCUCAUACAUUGUUUGAAUGUAACGACGUUGCAACCGGCUACCGAUCCUCGAUUGAAAAAUUCCGAAAUAUCUUCAAACAUGGAAGAACCAUCUAGUUCUUCAGCCAUGCGAUUAUCGGUUUCUUUCCUGGUCUGGAGCGAAGUUGUACAUGCGCAAGGGGCAAAACUUUGGCGAUUCUCCAACGAUUCCGGGGUCUCCUCUCACCAGAGUCGCAUAAAUAUGGUACUUGUACUCGUACUCUGA